AUGGCUAAAGAUGCGAAUAAGAAGGUAGAAGAGGUGGAUGGUGUGCCUGUAGAGCGACGGGGAGCGCGUCCUGACUUUUCGGUUCCGCCGCCGAGGAAACAGCUUCCUAAGGAGCUUCAGGAUACGCUCAAUAAUGAGGAGAAGCUGUGGGAGGUUAUGUACGAUGGCGAAGGCGACGACACGACGGAUACAUCUCUCCGCUAUGCAGCCUACGCCUCGCGCAUUCGCACCAUUAUGCUUUCUGCGCACCGCUAUGUAGCCUACACCUCUGACAUUGGCGAAUCCUUCCGUCCAGUCGCCCACCCCUACCUGGUCAAAGGCGCAUACGGCAUCUCCUGGCUCUAUCUCACCGGUGACGUCGCCCAUGAAGGCUACAAAGCCUAUUGCCGCAACCAGCGUACUCUGCACCCUGAGAAAUUCAUCGAUGAGGCUGCGGAUAAGUCGCUCGGGGAACAGAAGGACAAGGAUAUGGCGGCGACGGGGAAGUCGUUUGGUUCGGGUAUCUUUGAUAAGGUGCAGGAUCUGGCGAAGAAUGCGACGAGCACUGAAGGCGUCAAGUAUGGCGGCGCCGCUAGUCCACUGACGGGUGGAGAGGUCGUUCCAGGGCGUAUACCGGCCAUUGAGGAUUACAGGGCUGUCAUGGCGCAGCGAGCGGUCUUCCAGGCUGUGGCUUCGAUGGGAUUGCCAGCUUUCACCAUCCACAGCAUUGUCAGGUAUUCUGGGCGUGCGCUCAAGGAUGCAAAGAACAAGACGCUAAGGACCUGGGGGCCAAUUGGGCUGGGUCUUGCGGCCGUUCCUUUCUUACCCUAUGUGUUUGAUGAGCCCGUUGAGCACGCAACUGAGUGGAUCUUCUACAAUGCAUUCAAGACAUUUGGAGGCGAGAAGGCUGUCGAGGGGAGACCAGUGAUUGGAGCAAAGGAGCUGAGGAAAGAGGAGACCGAGGCGAAUAAGUUGAAGAAGGAACUCUAA